AUGACUCAUACUUUGUUUUUUAUUUUACUUGCACUUACGUUUGUCUCUGGGGAAUUGCUAAUUGAUGACAUUCGAACAUAUGAUAUACCUCAGCCUUUGAUUACGCAAAAUACCACCGAGACUCUUAAACCAUACCGAUUUGGAUUAUCAAUACCUGUCUCUAUCACAAACGAGUUGCCACUAUUGUCGCAAGAGACAGUUUGGCAAUGGCGAAUCAAAAUCCAUAGCUCAGGUGCAUUAUCACUGAGUUUUAUUUUCGACCAGUUAUGGAUACCAAAGGGUGCAAGAGUAGACAUUUUUAAUCAAAAUGAUCGACAGCAGAUCCUUACCUCUCAAAAGACCAGGUUUGCUACAAAACCUAUGGCAGGAAACACUCUAUUUCUCGAAUAUACAUCGCCUUUUCUUUAUCCAUUACCAAAGAUAUAUUUAAGUCGUGUUGUUUAUGGGUAUCGCCAAGUGCCUUUUUUGAAAAGUUUGUCUUUUCCUGGCUCAAAUCAACGCGUUAUUUCUCGAAAUAGACAUUCUGGUAAAUGUAAUAUAGAUUAUGCGUGUGAUGCUAUGAGCACAGGUUGGUCUAAAGAAGCAAGCUCAGUUGUUGUCUUGCUUACAGAUGAAAAUCAAAAAUACUGUACAGGUGCAUUUAUCAACAAUGUUGAGCAAGAUGGAAGACAACUUUUAUUGACAGCUUAUCACUGCCUUACAGACACCUCCAAUCCAGCAACAGACAUGGUACUACUGAACUAUCAAAGACAGUCUUGUCGCACCCUUAACCAGUUAAAUAGGUCACCUGAUAUACUUCAUGGACUUGUUUGGUUAGGUGGUUCUAACGUCUCUGAUUUUGCUUUAUUUGAAGUGAAAGAACCUAUUCCAGAUAGUUAUGAUGUUUAUCUCUCAGGUUGGACAACUGAGCCUGAACCUCAUCCUCCUUUAACUGGUAUUCAUCAUCCCAGUGGUGAUUUUAAAAAGAUUUCCAUGUACGACGGUCAUUUAUUACCUUCUUGUUGGGAUGAAUGUCCAGAAAAUGAUCAUUGGAAAGUAGAAAGAUGGACAUAUGGCACAACAGAGUCAGGUAGUUCAGGAUCACCCUUAUUUGAUGCCCACCAUCGUAUUGUAGGCCAACUUCAUGGUGGUGUAGCUUCUUGCUGGUACAAGAAUGGAUAUGAUAUGUAUGGUUCUUUUAAAGAUUCUUGGAGGCUUGGUUUAUCUGAUCUCUUAGAUCCAAAGCAUACACAGCAUGGUCCUCUUGUUUAUUUGAAUGGCGUUUAUUUGAAUGAUGCUAGAAAUAAAAAAGUUAUGCAGUCGUAGUAAAGACGAUUUUCUCAACAAGUCUUAAUACGUCUUGGUUGGUUUUGUUGAAUUGGUUAAUAGAAGAAAGAUAAAUGGAUCGUU